UGUGCGCGUGCAUACGUGCGUGCGCACGCUCGUGUGUGUGUGUGUGUGUGUGUGUGUGUGUGUGUGUGUGUGUGUGUGUGUGUGUGUGUGUGUGUGUGUGUGUGUGUGUGUGUGUGUGUGUGUGUGUGUGUGUAUGUGUGCGCGUGUGUGUGCGUGUGUGUGUGUGUUCGUGGGUUUGUGUUUGUAUUGGUUUGAACUUUGCUUUUGGGUUCUAUAUAAGCCCUUAUUUUCGGAAAUUGUGCAAUUGAAAAAAACAUAUGGGUAGCUAAUUUGGCUGACGCCGGUGUAUUGCGGGGCCAUCCCUUAAUGGCUCCUAAAUCAGUCUGAAGUUCAGGGUGCAAUUUGCAGCAAAUUCGGACCGUCGUAGGCUAUCUAUAUGUUAAUUCGGUUAACCUUUAAUGCGUAUAAUGUAGAGGCGCGCGGCUGCUCGACCACUCCUUAACGGGAUGACGGAAGGUCGCUAUGGAAACUGCGUUACGCCUAGAGCGGUCGAGAAGAAAACAGCAGAGCGAGACCCAAAAAAGAUUCCUCAUUUCAGCACCGCACCUCCUGGACAGCGCCCGCGCGCUCUGCCCGGCCGCGCCGAAUGACACCGCCCGAUAUGUGCUGAAUCGUGAGGGGACAGAAACCGCACAGAUACUAAAUCAGAACCCAUAGUAGCAAGGAUCCCCCGAGAGACGGCAAGACCCAAGCCGCCGACUUUUCUUACUUCGCGCGUGAUUUCGAGAGGCACUUUCUCCCUUCUCUCACGAUCAACAGAACGCCAUCAUGAGUGAGAGGAGAUCCAACCAGCGCUUCCACAGCCUCAACGCAGAGCAGGUGGAGGUCCUGGACCAGGUGCUCUCGGAGGUGGUUCCCAUCCACGGCCGGGGGAACUUCCCCACGCUGGAGCUUCGUCCGCGGGACAUCAUCAUGGCAGUGAGGGCCCGGCUGGAGAAGCAGGGCAUCCUGGUGAAGGACGUGCGGCUGAACGGCUCCACGGCCAGCCACGUGCUGGUCCAGGACAAUGGCACCAGCUACAAAGACCUGGACAUCAUCUUCGGUGUGGAGCUGCCCAAACAAGAGGACUUUCAGGUGAUCAAGGAGUCCGUCCUGGGCUGCCUCCUGAACUGCCUUCCAGCCGGGGUAAAUCGGGAGCGGAUAAGCAGCGCCACCAUGAAGGAGGCCUACGUCCAGAAGAUGGUCAAGGUUUUCAACGAACACGACCGCUGGAGCCUCAUCUCGCUCUCCAACAACAGUGGCAAAAACCUGGAGCUCAAGUUCGUGAGUGCUCUCAGGCGGCAGUUCGAGUUCAGCGUGGACUCCUUCCAGAUCAUCCUGGACCGUCUGCUGGAGUCCUACUUACAGCUGGAGGCCCAGCAGCCCCCCGGAGGGGCAACUUCUGACCAGAGCAAGCCUCUCCAAUUACCUGGCAAGGUCCCCGCUAUUGAGGUGCUGGCGGAGAGCAUGUACGGCGACUUUGAGGCCGCCAUGGACCACCUGCGCUGCCGCCUGAUCGCCACCAGGAACCCGGAGGAGAUUCGCGGGGGCGGGCUGUUGAAGUACAGCAACCUCCUGGUCAGGGACUACCGGCCAGCCAGCGAGACCCAGAUAAAGACGCUGGAACGCUACAUGUGCUCACGGUUCUUUAUAGAUUUCCCCGACGUGCAGGAGCAGCAGCGGAAGAUCCUGUCCUACCUGAAGAACCACUUCAUCGGGGAGGAGAGGAGCAAGUACCAGUACCUGAUGACGCUGCGGCGCGUGGUCGACGACAGCACCGUGUGUCUGAUGGGCCACGAGCGGCGGCAGACCCUCAACAUGAUCACGGUGCUGGCCCUCAGAGUCCUGGGAGAGCAGAACAUCAUCCCCAACACGGACCACGUCACGUGCUUCUACCAGCCUGCCCCGUACAUGGCCGAGCACAGCGCCCCCUACCUGGCCGAGGCCAGCUACUGCAGCUACUACAUCCCACAGGGGGGAUCCACUCUGCUGUACCAGCCUUACCCCUUACACUUACACACACAGAGCGGACUGGUUUGAUGCACAACAUCAGACGAUUGCACACACACGCGCACACAUGCAUGUGUAAAUGCUGGUACAGACCCACACACAGACACACACACACCAACAUAAUUAAACAUCACAGGUGCGUACACAAACACAGACAUCAAAAUUGAAGGAAGCACACACACAAGUAAAACCACAACAGCCACAACAGAAAUAAGGGGGAAGGUGCUUGCAGAAACACGACCAGCAUCACCAAGGGAUAAGUGUUCGCAUUAGUCAUAAAGCUGUAUGAUUGGAACUGAGUAGGUUUUUUCUGAACACAAACGUACCGCUCUGUGGAGUUUCCACAUGAUUAAAUAUAAUUACCGUGGCGAAGCUUCUCAAAAUUAUAAUUUUGGACACAUAAUACAUGGACAUGCACACACACACACAAACCCCCAGACACACACAAACACACACACAUACACACACAAACACACACACACACACACACACACACACACACACACACACACACACACACACACACACACACACACACACACACACACACACACACACACACACACACACACACAAACACACACACACACACACACACACACACACACACACACACACACACACACACACACACACACACACACACACA